AUGGAGGAUCACAAUUCAAAGCAGCCACUGCUUACACAGGCGGCCGGGCACGAAAAUGACGACUCUGUGCGAAGCGACUCUUUACAGAGAUUGUCGAACCCUUGCUGUUUAUCGUCCUUCGUGGCCGACGACGACGACAUUGGCCCCAUCAAGAACUUGACCAGUUUCAUGAUCAUGUUCAAGGCGGAGUCGGGUAAGCUAUGGUACUUGGCGGGCCCCGCCAUUUUCACCUCCCUUACCCAGUACAUGCUCGGCGCCUUCACCCAGACGUUGGCUGGCCACGUCAGCACGCUCGACCUGGCCGCCUUCUCUAUCGAGAACUCCGUCAUCGCUGGUCUAUCGUUAGCGUUUGUGGAUCAUCCUUCUCGUCACUGCUUUCCUUCUCACCUUCCUCUACAUUUUCGCGUCCCCAUUUUUAUUGCUUAUCGGGCAGACAGAGGCCAUAUCCCGAGUCGCGGGGAAGUUCGCUCUGUGGAUGAUCCCACAGCUUUUUGCGUACGUCGUCAACUUCCCGACAGCCAAGUUCUGCAGGCGCAGAGUAAGAUCAUGGCCAUGGCCUGGAUCUCGGCCGUGGCCCUGCUGUUGCACAUGGUGCUGAGCUGGCUGCUGAUGCUGAGGCUCGGGUGGGGGAUGGCUGCUGGGGCUGCUGUGCUCGAUAUUUCUUGGUGGUUUAUUGUGAUUGGACAACUGUGGUAUGUGGUGAGCGGGGCGUGUGGGAGGGCAUGGCCCGGGUUUACCUUUCACGCGUUUAGCAAUAUAUGGGGAUUUGUGAGGCUGUCGAUUGAGUCAGCCAUAAUGACGUGCUUGGAGAUAUGGUACUUCAUGGCGUUGAUCCUCUUUGCUGGAUAUUUGAAGGAUGCAGAAGUUGCCGUCGCCGCUUUAUCAAUAUGCGCAAACAUAUUGGGAUGGACGACAACAAUAUCAUUCGGAUUCAACGCAGCUAUAAGUGUGAGAGUGUCGAAUGAACUCGGAGCUUCUCGUCCAAGAACCGCAAGAUUUUCGAUAGUGGUGAUGGUCAUAUACUCUUUCUUGGUCGGUCUCUUUAUUUCAACUAUUCUCCUCAUAUUCAGAGCCCAAUAUCCGUCUCUGUUCAGCAACAGCGGUGAGGUCAAACAAGUCGUGUAUGAGCUCACGCCGUUGCUUGCAUUCUGCAUCGUCGUCAACAGCAUUCAGCCAGGCCUAUCGGGUGUGGCUAUUGGGGCUGGAUGGCAAGAAGGAGAGCCACCAGUUUUCCGACCACGAGAAGGUCGUGCGCGCCGACGAGGAGAGCACCAGAAACCCCGAUUUCAGGUGAGGAGAUUAGAGGGCACUCGAGAUGCACCAAGUUCCGGCGAGUACCAAGAGCACCAGGCCAUUCAAGGCGAGCAAACACACUCCGGCUACAACCCCUCAGCCGAGAUAGGCGUGCCUACUUCGUGUGCGACGGUGGCCAUGUUCCAGGACACGAGUUUUUCCGAGAUAGACCAUUCAAUAUUUUAA